AUGAGCUUUUGUAACCAGCCCGGGGCUACCCAUGAAUAUAUCUAUGAAAAUAUAACUGAUGAAGAAGAUGAAAUUGAUAUUAUGGGAGACGAUGAAGAUGAUGACUGUGGUCUCCAGCGCCACUACUACCUCCAGGAAGGCUCCUCAGAUCAAGAGGUUGGCGAGUUGACGCCUUCAAAGGGCUUAUGUGGGGAGACAGAAAGUGACUCUUCUGGAGAAAAUGAGGGAAGUGAUGCCAAGGAGAUGGUAUCACCAGGGGGCAAAUCAAAGAGGAGCCUGGUGAAGCCUCCAUACUCAUACAUCGCCCUAAUCACCAUGGCUAUCCUACAGAGCCCGCACAAGAAGCUGACUCUCAGUGGGAUCUGUGACUUUAUUAGCAAUAAGUUUCCUUAUUACAAGAACAAAUUUCCAGCCUGGCAAAACUCAAUUAGACACAACCUUUCUCUUAAUGACUGUUUUGUCAAGAUUCCCAGGGAACCGGGCAACCCAGGAAAGGGUAAUUACUGGACACUGGACCCGGCAUCAGAGGAUAUGUUUGAUAACGGGAGCUUCCUCAGAAGAAGGAAAAGGUUUAAACGACACCCAUCAGAGUUUUUAAAGGAUGGCGUACUGUUGUAUCCAACUUUCCCUUGCUACAGACCCUACAGAGCUGUGCAAUCUCAGCCUUUGGUACAAACUAAUCCAUUGACUUGCAUGGCAUUGCCAGAGCGCUUGGUGAUUCCUGGUCAUGGUUCUUAUCAGGAAAUGCUGCAAAGGACCUUGCCCUGUGCUCCCCAAAGCAUGCCCAAGCCCCAGGCUACCCCUACAUACACCUCUCAGACCGCAAAGUGCUCAUUCAGCAUUGAGAAUCUCAUAGGGAAGCCCAUGGCGACAGAGACUGUGACUCCCAGAUUCCCCUUAUCUUGGGACUACAGCCAAUUCUUACAAAGAUCAGCUUCCUCCUUGCUGCCAGCUGUUCUUAACAUAGGAUCUUUAGUAACCUCAUAUGGUUCUACUCAAUAUUGUCAGAUGCCACUACCUGGGACAUACUGA